AGCAUAAAAGGUGUCUUCAUAUAGCACUUCAUUAUAAAUAGAAAAGGUGUGUGCAUAGCUUUCUUCAUCACAUUGUGAUAGUAAGCACUAUAGAGAAAGGACAUUCUUCAUUCAUCUAUGGCUACCCUCAUUGCUCCCACCAACCACUCUCCCCAAGAAGAUGCUGAAGCUCUCAGAAAGUCUUUUGAAGGAUGGGGAACUGAUGAGAAAGGUAUCAUAGUGAUAUUGGGUCAUAGAACUGUUUAUCAGAGGCAGCAAAUCAGAAGAGCUUAUGAGGAAAUUUACCAGGAGGAUCUUGUGAAACGCCUAGAGUCUGAGAUCAAAGGAGACUUUGAGAAAGCUGUGUACCGAUGGAUACUAGAACCUGCAGAUCGUGAUGCUGUUUUGGCCAAUGUUGCCAUCAAGAGUGGCAAAAACUACAAUAUCAUUGUGGAAAUCGCCACUAUCCUCUCCCCAGAAGAGCUUUUUGCUGUGAGACGCGCUUAUCUCCACCGCUACAAGCACUCCUUGGAAGAAGAUGUGGCAGCACAUACCUCUGGCCACAUACGCCAGCUUUUAGUGGGGCUGGUGACCUCAUUCAGGUAUGUUGGUGAAGAGAUCAAUCCAAAACUGGCUCAAAAUGAGGCUGAAAUUCUUCAUGACGCUGUGAAAGAGAAGAAGGGUAGUUAUGAAGAGGCCAUUAGGAUCCUGACUACAAGGAGCAAGACACAACUUAUAGCAACUUUCAACCGCUACAGGGAGAUCCAUGGCACUUCCAUCUCUAAGAAACUGGUGGAUGAAGGAUCUGAUGAGUUUCAGAAGGCAUUGUACACUACCAUCCGUUCCAUCAAUGAUCAUAUUAAGUACUAUGAAAAGGUGGUGCGUAAUGCAAUCAAGAAGGUUGGAACUGAUGAGGAUGCACUGACCCGUGUGAUUGUGAGCCGGGCUGAGAAGGACCUGAAGUUGAUCUCAGAUGUUUACUACAAGAGAAACAGUGUUCUUCUUGAGCAUGCUGUGGCAAAGGAAAUCUCAGGGGACUACAAGAAGUUCCUUCUCACUCUGUUGGGGAAAGAAGAAUAAAUGUUUUCCUCUUGAGGGCAUUUGUGAUUAUGAGUUUAGAACACCAUGUUAUACUUGUGUUUAAUGGUGUUAUCUGUGUUGGUUUUCCUUGAGUCUGUUUUCAGUUUUCCUUGCUCUUUCCUUUCCAUAUAUUUUCUGCUUGAGAGCUUGAGUUCUAUCUAAAUAUAUUAAGUAAUAUGAUAGCUGUUUUGUAGCUAUAACUGAUGAACAGACUCAAAAAUAAAAAAGAUAUCUCAGUGCCCAUUUGAUUUCAUAAA